UUCACUGUCGCGAAAGGCUGAGCUACAGGUGUGAGCUCUGAGGCGCCGCGCAUCAAAAUGUCCAGCCCAUUGGAGAGGGAGACCUUGCUGGUGGCAAAGGAUUAUGUGGGUUUCUGCACUGGGAUCCGGCAAGACCCUCCAAGCGAGUCAGCCAAAGCCAUGAGACAACUGGCGAAGCAAACGGAGAGGCAACAUCGGUCAACAUUUCAAACCUUAGUGCAGAACUUCUUGGACAACUCUGAACCCGACUUCCUGACCAGUCUGAAGCAGACCAUGGCAGCGCUGGCGCAUGACGGACAGUUGAACUGGGGAAGAGUCGUAGCGCUUUUUGCAUUCGCAGGAAUGCUAGCGAGCGAGCUCUCAUCCCGGGGAGUGGACGUCAGCAACAGAAGGUUAGCGGAGACGAUCGCUCGCUACCUCAGCGAGGAGCACGGAGAAUGGCUUCUGCACAACGGUGGCUGGGUCGGCUUCCUAUCCUUUUUCCACAUG